GAGGCCAAGCGACCCUCACACACACACACACACACACACACACACACACACACACACACACACACACAGGACUCGGGCAGCCACCACCACCUCUAGACUCGGGGGGGUGCAAUAAUAACUCCGAGCUACCCAAAAACAGUUUCCCCAAACCGAGGUGUAGUGCUGAAUCUCGACAUCCCCCUGUACACCACCCACCCACGCCCACCCCAAUCCAAGAAACAAAUUCCCGAGCACCAAGCACGGGCAGAACUCAUCGCCCAAUAGGCUGUGCUGCAGCACGCUGGAAGGCCAGCACCAACACAUGCACGCACAGCACACCACUCUCAGGCACCACACCGUGACGCACGGCGCCUCUAUGGCCACCACCAGACACUACCACGACCUCUUGGGGCUGGCGCGCGGCGCCACGCAGGAGGCGAUAAGGAGGCAGUACCGGCGCCUCGCCCUCGCCCCCCACCCUGACAAGAACCCGCAGGACGUGGCGGCGGCCACGGCAAGGUUCCAGCAGCUGCAGCUGGCGGUGCAGACUCUCUGCGACACCGACUCAAGGGCCGCCACCACGACGGUGGCCCUCACCUACACGGACGUGGCGGCAAGGGCCAAGGAGGAACAAGGAGAGAAGAGGAAGGUGAAGGGAGGGAGGGAGGAGGAGGAGGAGGAGGAGCAGAAGGAGAGUGGAGGCUGCGUAGGAGUGGAAGAGGGAUUAGCUGAGACAGAGACGGAAAGGAGGGAGAAAGGAGAGGAAGAGAAAAUGGAAGAAGAGGAAGAGAAAGAUGACGUAGCGACAAAGGCGGAGACCGCUCCUGCCGAAGGAGAGACUGACGUGCAGCUGACGGUCAUAGUGAGGAGCCCGUUCAAGUGUGCCGAGCACCUCGACAAACUCUUCGCCUGCGAGCAGUGCCGCAGCCGCCUGACUCCCAGGGAGGGGGGGGGGCGCUACCGGGAGCUGCGGAAGCAUAAAGAGCAGCUGCUUGUCGAGCGGCGGGAACGAGUGCGGCAGCUCAACGCCGACAGGAUUAAGGCCGAGGCCGAGGAGCUUCCCCCGCGGCCUCGCAAGAUCAGGUUCAACCUGAAGGACGUCCCCAAACCCGUCAAGGACCGGGAGUUCCUGUACCGCCUCUACCAGAAGAGGAAAGGCGGCAUGGUGCAGCAGUGGCGCCGCCGCCUCGCCGCGCUCAACAACAGCGAGGCGGCGUGGCGGCAGGAGCUGGACGCCCUGGCGGCCGAGCGAGGCUGGCGGGCCGAGGGCCUUGAGUACACGGAGCGGAGUGUACAGGAGGAGGGGUGGGGGGCAGAGGCCGAGGACGAAGAUGGAGAGAAGGGAGGGAGGGAGUGCUUGGAAGGAAGGGGUGAGGAAGGGGAGGAAGAAAGGAAGGAGGAGAAACAGGGUGAGGAAGGGAAGGUGGAUGAAGAAAGGGAGGAAAAUGAACAUAGAGAGGAAGGGAAGGUAGAUGAAGAGAGUGAGAAGGAACAGAAGAAGGAGCGGGAGAUGGAGGAGAAGGAGGAGCAUGAGGAGAGUGGAGGCUGCGUAGGAGUGGGGAAGGGAUUAGCUGUGACAGAGACAGACAGGAGUGAGGAAGGAGAGGAAGAGAAAAAGGAAGAAGAAAAAGAGAAGGAGGAAGAAAAAGAUGACGUAGCCACAAAGGCGGAGACCGCUCCUGCCGAAGUUGAGGCUGACGUGCAGCUGACGGGCACAGAGGGGGAGCCGCCCUAUCCCCUGGGCUGGGAGGAACCGGUGGCCCGGCUCAGGUGUGCUGAACACCUCGUCUACUUCAGCAACUGUGAGGAGUGCCUCAGCGGCAUGACUGCCAAGGAGCGACAGAUUCGCCUGCAGGAGCGGCGGGACCGUAUCAGCGAGCGACAUGUCGAGCGGCGGGAACAACUGCAGCAGCUCAACGCCGACACGAUCGCGGCCGAUGGCAAGACGAAGAAGCGUAAGGGACGCAGGGCCCGGCGGCUACAGGCCAAGGCGGAAAAGGAGCUUUCCCGGCGGCCUCGUAAGAUCAGGUUCAACCUGAAGGACGUCCCCAAACCCGUCAAGGACCGGGAGUUCGUGUACCGCCUCUACCAGUCCAGGAAAGGCGGCAUGGUGCAGCAGUGGCGCCGCCGCCUCGCCGCGCUCAACAACAGUGAAGCGGCGUGGCGGCAGGAGCUGGACGCCCUGGCGGCCGAGCGAGGCUGGCGGGCCGAGGGCCUCGAGUACACGGAGCGGAGUGUGCAGGAGGAGGAGUGGGGGGCAGAGGCCGAGGACGAAGAGAGGGAGAGAGAGGAACAGGUAGAAGAAAGGAAGGAGAACGAAAAAAGGAAGGAGAAGGAAGAGGGAGAGGAAGGGAAGAUGGAGGAAGAGAGUGAGGAAAAGGAGCAGAAGGAGGAGCGGGUGAUGGAGGAGCACCGGCGGCAGCAGCAGCAGCGGCAGGCCGGGGAGGGCAGGCGGGGGCGCGGCGCGGGGCGGAGUUGUGCUUCUUUUCUUUCAUCUUAGUUUUGUUGCAUAAAAAAGAGAAAAUCCCAAAAAAAUCCGAAACAAAAAAAGAAAAAAAUCAACUCUACACUAAGACAAAAGAAUAAAAAAAGAAUAAAAAAUAAAACCUAAAAAAAUAA